AUGCUUCGAGCCCUAAUUAGCCAGUUCUAUUACAAAUAUGGGGACCUAUCACUCCAGCUAGAGUCCCUCUAUUCAUCUUGCACACAGCGUGAACAAUGUGUACAACCAACAUGCCGAUCGCUUUGUGAGACCUUCUCGCGUAUAGUCGAGCAAGCCAAGGAAGUCUGGCUCAUUCUGGAUGCGCUUGAUGAAUGCAGUACAAGGGGCGGUUCGUCGACUGAGGGACUACUAUCGUGGAUGAACGAAAUCCUAAACUCAGAACAAUGGAACCUCCAUCUUCUUGCUACAAGUCGGCCCGAAAAUGAUAUCAAAUCCGAAGUAGAGAAUUUCAUCUGUAUCGAUAAUAGAAUAGCCAAAGACGCCCUCUGGCCUCGAGACUACACAAUAGCCAUUCAGAGCAGCCUCGUUAGUCACGACAUCAAUGCGUACAUUCGUACGAGGGUCAGGGAGGAGAAUGGUCUUAAGAGGUGGCGAUCUCAUUCUGAGAUUCAGAGUAAGAUUGAGACUUGUCUUAUGGAAAAAGCAAAUGGGAUUCUUCAAAAGACUCUCAAUUCUCUACCGACGACUUUGGAUGAAACCUAUGCAAGAAUCUUACAUGGGAUUCCUGAAGAAUAUAAGCAGAGUGUUCUGAUAAUUCUCCAAUUUCUAAUAUACUUUCUGCGCUUAUUGAAGAUCGAAGAAGCGAUUGACGCAAUAGCAGUAGAUAUAGAAACAGUUGUAGAUGGAUACUUCAAUCUAAAAUAUAAAAUGCCCAAUCCUAAUGAAGUCUUGUGUGGAUAUUACGACAAUGCGCUUCAGACGGCAUCAAUAGCCGGCUACGAAAAGAUUGUUGAACUUUUACUAAAACACGGUGCUGAUGUUAAUGCGCAAAGUGUAUUUACCGGCAGUGCACUCCAUCUGGCAUCAUGUAACGGUGAUGAGAAGAUUGUUGAACUUCUACUAAAUUACGGUGCUGAUGUCAAUGCGCAAUAUGGAAUAGGCCGCAACGCGCUUCAACUGGCAUCAGCUAGCGGUUACGAUAAGAUUGUCGAACUUCUACUAAAUCACGGUGCUAAUGUUAAGUACGUUGCUACGAAAAGUGGACUUACCGUCACUGCGCUCGUGUCGGCAUCCGGUAGUGGCUAUGAAAAGGUUGUCAAGCUGUUACUAUCUCGCGGUGCCGAUGUUAAUGCAAAAAGUAGCUAUAGAUCUGACCGUGGUGCGCUUCAGGCGGCAUCAGAAGCCGGUCACCAAAAGAUUGUCGAACUCCUACUAAAUCACGGCGCUGAGGUGAAUGCGCAAGAUAAAUAUAAUAACAGUGCGCUUCAUGCGGCAUCAGAUAACGGUUACGAAAAGAUUGUCGAACUUCUACUAAAACAUGGUGCUGAUGUUAAUGCGCAAAGUGUAUCUACCGGCAGUGCACUCCAGCUGGCAUCAUAUAAUGGUGAUGAGAAGAUUGUCGAGCUUUUACUAAAUCACGGUGCCGAUGUUCAUGCAAAAAGUCGACUUUUUGGUAAUGCGCUUCGGGCAGCAUCAAAAGAGGGCCACAAUGGAAUUGUAGACCUGCUUGUAAGCAGAGGCGCUUACGAUCCGGAUAUCUCGAGCAAUUUGGGCCAAUCCGGCAAGGACCCAAACGGGGUGAUGCCUACGUCUGGGAACGAGACCAGCAAGAACGUUAAACGCAAACUAGUUUCGAACGUUUCCGUGGCCGCUGAAGAACAAAGCAAUUCUCAAUCGAAACGACAAAGAUCUGGAUCAGUAUUCACAUUCGCGGAAUAA